AUGCCUGCUGUGGAAUCACGGAUGAGCAAAAUUCAGCGGAAUGGUUGGCAACACAGUGGUUCAUCGCUUAUGAGACCUGGCCAAGACCACGAGUUCCGAAAAGUUGUUGUGCAACCUGCGAAACAGUUCACUCAAGGUUUUGCAACUCGUUCCUUACGGAUUUUUCUGAGGACGGUGUUCUUAGUGACGAUCAAAGGGCUUGUGUCGCAGCAAGCUACAUGUGUUCGGAAGUUAAUGAUAGUCUUGCGAACGAAGAUGCGUGUCAAGGACGAAGCAGCAUUAGUAGUCCUAAAGAGACGUAUAUGCACGUUAAGGGAUGCUACAAAACACUGA